UUCUUAACCUAAAUGUUUUUUUUUUAAAUAGUUAUAAUAAUGAAUUUUUUAGUAUGCACUUAAAAUGAGAUGUUAUAAUAAUUGUUAUUUUUGAAAAUAAUAAAUUAUGGGAAAGUGAAGUUAGUGUAAAAUUUGGAAAAACUCGUAUUAUUAGCGUUCAACGUCACAAAUUUUUGGAGCAAACGGUACAAUACCCUGACUCUGAGUUUUAAAGAUAAUGGUAGAUGGUAUUUUCGUCUCCAUGUUAUUCCUUGUUUCUGUUUCCUACCAUAAUCUCAAUGCCCCUUCGCUGGAAUUCUUCAAUUCUGUACAAUUUCUUCAUCCAGUCAAGAACCCAAUACCCACUUCUUCUUCAUCGCUCAUUUCACCUGGUCCGUCAAUGUGCAACACCAGAAGCGAUUGUUUCAGCUUUACUCAUCGCUGUUAACUCUUGCCCUUCCAUCUCCAAUUGCCGGGAAAUUCAUGCCCGAGUAUUCAAAUCUUUGCUUUAUAGAGAUGGCUUCAUUGGGGAUCAGCUGGUUACUUGUUAUAAUAAACUGGGCUAUGCUGAAGAUGCACUGAAGCUGUUUGAUGAUAUGCCUCAUAAAGAUUUGGUCUCUUGGAACUCACUGAUUUCUGGUUUUUCUCGUUGUCUUCAUAUGAGCCUCACAGCAUUUUAUACCAUGAAGUUUGAGAUGUCAGUUAAACCCAAUGAGGUCACAAUUCUGUCGAUGAUAUCAGCUUGCAGUGGAGCUUUGGAUGCAGGGAAGUAUAUUCAUGGUUUUGGAAUUAAAGUUGGUGGUACUUUGGAAGUUAAGGUUGCUAAUUCUCUCAUUAACAUGUAUGGAAAGUCUGGAGAUUUAACAUCAGCUUGUAGAUUGUUUGAGGCCAUUCCAGACCCGAAUACAGUAUCGUGGAAUUCAAUCAUUGCUGCUCAAGUCACUAAUGGCUGUGCACGAGAAGGAAUUGAUUAUUUUAAUAAAAUGAGAAGGCUUGGAAUUGAGCAGGAUGAAGGAACUAUCCUGGCCCUGCUUCAAGCUUGCCUACAUUUGGGUGUAGGAAAAUUGGCAGAAAGCAUUCAUGGUUUAAUGUUCUGCACUGGUUUUGGCGCAAAGAUCACCAUAGCAACUGCACUUUUAGAUACCUAUGCGAAAUUGGGAAGAUUAAGUGCUUCAUAUGGCGUCUUUACGGAGGUGGGUUUUGCAGACAGAGUUGCUUGGACCGCCAUGCUUGCAGGAUAUGCUGCUCAUGGAUUAGGUAGGGAAGCAAUCAAGCUUUUCGAGAGCAUGGCCAAUAAAGGCUUGGAGCCUGAUCAUGUGACUUUUACUCAUUUGCUUAGCGCAUGUAGUCAUUCAGGGCUAGUCAAUGAGGGGAAAAGUUACUUCAAUGUGAUGUCUGAAGUGUAUGGAAUUGAGCCCAGGGUAGAUCAUUAUUCAUGUAUGGUUGAUCUACUCGGUCGCUGCGGCCUUUUGAAUGAUGCUUAUGAGGUGAUACAAAACAUGCCCAUGGAGCCUAAUGCUGGUGUGUGGGGUGCGCUUCUCGGUGCUUGUAGGGUUCAUGGUAACAUUGAACUUGGUAAGGAAGUUGCAGAGCAUUUGAUUAAUAUGGAACCUUUGGACCCCAGAAACUAUAUCAUGUUAUCAAAUAUGUAUUCCGCAUCUCGUUCUUGGAAGGAUGCUGCCAAAGUGAGGGCCUUGCUAAAGGAGAGAGGUCUGAAAAGAACCCCAGGAUAUAGCUCCAUUGAAUAUGGAAACAAGAACCAUCACUUCUUCGUGGGCGAUCGAUCUCACCCUGAGACGGAGAAGAUCUAUUCCAAGCUCGAAGAAUUGCUCGGAAAAAUAAGGAAAGCUGGAUAUAGUUCCAAAACAGAAUAUGUUCUGCAAGACGUUGAAGAGGAAGUCAAGGAGGAUAUGAUAAACAAGCAUAGCGAGAAGUUAGCCAUUGCUUUUGGGCUUUUGGUGAGUAAAGAAGGUGAAGCUUUAAUCAUAACAAAGAAUCUUAGAAUUUGUGGAGAUUGUCAUAGCACUGCAAAGCUCAUAUCAUUGAUUGAGAAGCGUACCAUUAUUAUCCGAGAUCCAAAACGCUUUCACCAUUUCUCUGAUGGAUUCUGUUCUUGUGCAGAUUACUGGUAAGUUUUUACUGUACUUCACAAUGGUGCUAAUGCGUAUUUAUACCUUACAUAGAGCUAACCCAUGUGCAUCAUAACCAUAUUCUUUGUUUAGUUUUGCUAAUUUAAUAUGGUUUUCGGUCUGAUGUAUAAGAGCUUGAUUUAGGCUUCUCUUAUAUUCUUUUAUUGUGUCAUUAAAAUAAGUAUGAUCGUAGUUUAAAGAGGCUUGAUACAACCUACAAAUGUCAGUUCAUAAGUUCCUUAGAAAAUGACUUUUAAUAACUAUGAGUUUGGUUCUUAGCCGGUUAGGUACAAAAACUCUCAUCAUAUUGUUUAUGACUUCAUGUUUUAUUUUAUCUAGAGUGUUGCCUCUCAUUAUACACCCCGUGUUAAUAUGAGAUCUUGGUUUUAUCUUGACUUUAGUUCUAGAAAAACAAUUCCAAAUCAAAGUUGGUUGGCAUGAGUUAAGUUUGUAAUAUAAUAUCAACUAAACUCUUAAAUUCUAAAACUCGAGAGCUUGAAAAGAAUAUAAUUAUUGAUAACAAAAUUCACUAUGGACCAUUCUACAAUAUAGGCUGUAAUAGGUACAAUUUUCGGUUGAAGCUUUUAAUGUGUUAGGUACCCAUAAAACCUCACAAACCCAAGCAUGUGAGGAAGCCAAAAUUAUUUAAACCCUACCAUCUUUUUAUUUUAUUGUUCUUUAUUUAGAUCCUAACUUUUUUGUCAAAAUAAAAUAUAAACAUUUAAUAAUUAAAUCUGAAAUUUUUAUGGCAAUCUAUUGAAAAAAAAACUGGAGAAUUCAUUUUUUGAUUUGUUCGUGACCAUUUUUGUUGUUACUUCAGAAAAAAAUUUGGGCUAAUAAAUAAUUAACAAUAUUCUAAAUUAAUUCCUUAUGAAAUUCUAUGAUUUAAAGCAAUAUUAGUUUGAUGUUUUAAGGGAUACAAAUCUACAAAUUUAGGGGCAUAAAUGGGACAUUUUCUGUACACAUAAAACAUGUAUUUGGGUCCAUCUUAAAAAUAGAAUAAUUGUCUAUGGAAAUGUGAAAAUAUUUUCUUAAAGAAAAAGUCUACAUAGACUAUUAAGGAGAACUAAUUAAGGCAGGAAAAAAUUUUGAAUAUUAAAGGAAAAACGUUAAAACUUGUAUAAACACGACAAAUCUAGAUCCGAAAUUGAUAAAUUGAGCGUUCAAAAUUGAUAAUUUGAGAUCGCUCAAUCCAACCACAUCCAAGAAUAAUUGUAAAUUUAACCAAAUUCAGAAUUUAAAGAUUACUAACUAAAAACAAUCUAAUUAUAUUUGAAAUUCAAAAACUAUUAGAAUGGCUAUAUAAUCUCCUUGUAAUUACAUAAAUUUUCAAUAUCAAGUUGCACUUAUGUCCAGGUGAGUUAGGGUAGGUUUGUGUGCUUUUAUGGAAUGAUCUCGAGAGAUGUGUAACACCAAGACUCCAAGACCCUUUCUACCAUGAUCUCAAGUUGUCUGAGCUCGUCUUUGGUCAAGACCGACCUUAGCUAGUUUUGAGCCACUAGUUCAAACAUAUGCCUGUAGUCAUUGUAUCACAUAGCAAGUCUCGAUUUAUUGAUUUAAAGUGGAACCAUGUAACUCUGCACUCAGCCACAAAAACUUAUUUCUACCAUUUAACGACAAAACUCUGUUUCUAUAUAAUUACCGAACCGAACCGAUCUCGCAUAGACAAAUUCCAUCCCACUUCUUAACAAAAGAGAAAAGGGAAGUUAAAAAGAAAGAAAAAAAAAAGGGAAGAAAAAAUUACCGACCGCCCCUACUGCCGUUGAGAAUUUUACACACGGCUGGGAGGAUAGACAUUCGAUCCGAUAACGAACAGAGCCCCUGACUUGUCGGAUAAACCUCCACCGAACCCAUUCAAUCAAUCCGACCCAUAAAAUAGUACAUUCUUUCGAAUAUUCCUCUGCUAUUUCUCAUCCGACCCCACCUCCUCUCUCCAUUUUAAACCCUCAAAACCCACAAACUCUGCUACUUGGAACUUUUCAUAAUGAGCUACUCUUCUUCUUCUUCUUCUCUCUCCGACCAACUUCACCUCCUUGGUAAAGUCGAGGUUUUUAGACUCCAUGGGCGUGAUAAGGCUGGCAGGAAUGUCCUCCUCAUUGUCGGAAAAUACUUUCCAGCUCGGUUUGUGAGCAGCCAGGCCGUGAAUGUCUAUUUGAAGGAUAAGAUUUUCCCACUCCUUAAAGAUGGGCCUUUCACGGUGGUGUACAUUCACACUGAUGUUCAUUGGACAGAGAAUCUGCCUGGAAUUUCAAACCUCAAGGCAAUCUAUGAGGCCAUUCCAAUCACCAUUAAGAACAACAUUGAAGCUGUUUAUUUUCUCCACCCUAGCUUGCAAACCCGUGUGUUUUUUGCCACUGUCGGCCGCCUCAUGCUUGACGCCGAGUUGUAUAACAAGGUGAAAUAUGUGAAAAGAGUGGAGUUUCUAUGGGAACAUGUUAGAAGGAAAGAGAUGGACUUACCUAAGUUUGUGUAUGAUCAUGAUGAGAAAUUGGAGUUCUGUCCUGUGAUGGAGUCUGAUUUGGAGAAUGAUUAUCUCAGGGUUUUCUCCCCUUCGCCGUCUUUGAAUUCUGGGGUGUCUACGUAUUCCAUGAGGUGUUUCGCUUGAUGACAUGAAGAGUCAAAGAUGGGGUUGGGGAUACAGGGGUCUUUUUGGUUUUGUUAUAGGAGUUUUUUUUUUUUUUUGGUAGUAAUGGCAGAAAAUAUUGCCAAGUGUUGUAGACUUUCUGUAGGCAAAGGGAAAAGGUUAAUGAGCUUUCCUUGUGAAGAAAGGAAGAGUUAAUACUUCACAGGAAAAGCAGUGAAUAGGUUUAAAUGAAGUUACUCUGUAAUAAAAUAUAUGUUCAUGGGAUAUUUGAAAA